UUCUCUGUGUUUGAAGCAAACCGUUUGCCUCGGCCACUUCCCCCGGGCAGAAGUACUUCUCUCUCUGUGUGUGUGUCUCUGCCUCUGCUGCUGCCUCUGUUGAGGUGCUUGAACCAUGCAUUCAAGGAUGCCCGAAGGCAGCAGCCCAUCUCGGCUUCCUCUGUUGACCUGGCUUUGCUGCUUGGCGCUCUGCUCCGAGGGCGCAAAUCCGGGUUUUGUGGGCAGAAUCACGGAAAAAGGCCUGGAUUAUGCUCGUCAAGAAGGGGUCACGGUCCUGCAGCAGGAGUUGGCCAAGCUGAAGUUGCCUGACUUCUCCGGGUCUUUCCAUGUCAAAGUCCUGGGAAAUGUGGAUUAUAACUUCUAUGGUUUGAACAUCGGCACCUUCCAGCUGCCCAGCUCAUCGAUCGCACCCCUUCCUGGCGUGGGCCUCAAGGUCUCCAUCACAAACGCUGUUGCCGCCUUGACGGGCCAGUGGAGAGUGAAGAAGCGGCGUUGGUUCGACCACGGCUCCUUUGACCUCAAGGUGGAGGGCAUCUCCAUCUCGGUGGGCUUAAAGUUGGGCACCGAUGGGACCGGGAGACUGACAGCCGCCACCUCUGAUUGCGGAGCCCACAUAUCUGACGUCAACAUCCACAUUUCUGGCCGGUUGGGGUGGCUGUACAAUCUCUUCCACAGAAACAUUGAAUCUGGGUUACGGAAAGCGAUGGAAGGCAAGAUCUGUGAGACGGUGACCAGCGCCGUCAGUUCCAAGUUGAUGCCCUUCCUGCAGACCUUACCAGUCACAGCAAAAAUUGACAACAUUGCUGGGAUUGAUUACUCCCUGACUGGCCCUCCUGUCACCACGAAUAAUUCUGUUGACCUGGCGCUGCAGGGUGAGUUCUUCUCCAUGACCCACCGCUCUCCCGCGCCGUUCCCACCCCCUGCCUUGAGUUUCCCGGUGGAUCACGACCGCAUGCUGUAUUUCGGAGUCUCCACUUACUUCUUCAACACGGCUAGCAACGUGUACUUCAAUGCGGGCGUCAUGACCUUUGACAUCACCGACAGCAUGAUUCCCAAGGAGUUCAAACUGCGGCUCAACACGACCACUUUGGGGGCUUUCAUUCCACAGUUGGAGAAGAUGUUCCCCAACAUGCUCAUGGUGCUCAAGGUCUCCCCUUCUUCUGCCCCGCUGUUACGUAUUGCGCCCGAAAGCCUCUCGCUGACUCCAGUGGUUAACGUCCAGGCGUUCGCGAUUCUCCCCAACUCCAGCUUGGCUCCUCUGUUUGUGAUUGAGGCGAGAGCCCCAGUUUCAGCCAAAGUUGGCGUGAACUCCACUCGGAUUGUCGGGUCCCUGAAACUGGGCAGGCUGCAGCUGUCCUUGAAGCAUUCGGACGUUGGGCCCUUCUCGGUACAAUUGCUGCAAGCCAUCCUGAGCUAUUCCGCUUCAAGCAUCCUUCUGCCACAAAUUAAUGCAUGGCUGGCUGACGGUUUCCCCCUUCCUCUGCUGGACCACGUGGAGCUCUACAGCCUCAUCCUUCAGCCAUACCAGGACUUCCUGCUGUUUGGAGCCGAUGCUCAGUACAAACCGUGAAGAGCCAGAAGGAAAAGGGGAAGCCACCGACCAAGGCAGAGUGACGCCCAUCUCCUCCCUUUCCACUUCACAGCUGAUUCGAGUGGGGGACUUGGGGCGUGAAUCCACAGACGGAUCCUCACCUGGUGUAGCCUCCUCCCUUCCUGCCUUUUCUCUCGCAAACUGCUCCUCAGCUAGGCUGCUUGAUGGAGAACCCCAGGACCCAGCCAGAAGCCCAGAAGAGAAGCCACAGAGCUGGGCAAUUAGAAGAAUUGGUUUCAAAUGUUACAUCAACAGCAGAGCUAAGGGGAACAAAGAUCUGGGACGUUAACCAUGACCUUAAAGGGAAUGAUUGGUAUAGAGGAGUGUGGCACAUAGCGACUAAUGAUAAGUUAAUGUGUGAUAUAAAAUUUAGAAGGGCUUGCUAUGUGCAAACAGAUGUAUUGGCAAAUGGGGAGAUUUUAUGGAAUGUGUGUUUGAAAAAGGGAAGGGUUGUGUACUCUUCACAAGGAUCAGUGCCGUUUUGGAGGGGGCUCCGUCAUGAAGCGAAAUUGCGUUCUAUCUCCAGAUGGUCCUAGUACUGAGCCUGCAGUUUUUUUGUUCCUAUUGUGCUAUAUUUGUUUUUCAUGUUAAGAUGCUCACAUUUCAUUGUGAUUUUGGUUUCCUCUUGUACCUUUUUAAAGUUUUCAAAUAAACGAGGCAGGGACGAAGCCCCGGAGAAGCCACGA